AUGCCAUCUCACGAGGACGGACCAACUAUAGCAGCCGAAAACGACUGGAACUGGGCCCUGGAAGCACAAACGCGAAUCGGAAGAGUCCGGAUUUGGCUAUGGCGGGAGAGUCCACGAGCGGCUAAAGACCAAUCGGCACUUGAAGAUAUUCGGAUUCGAGCAAAGGAGUCCGCGGACGCAGUGUUGGUUGCGAUCGGAAACGAGCUGAUCGAGAUCGAUGUCGGGACUCAGCUCGACUUGUCACAACACACGAUCGAAGUCAAGACGAGGAGCAGGAUCGAGAUCGGGUUGAAGACUUGUCCUCAGGAAAGCAAGGCUCGAAUGGACAGGUUCGAGGACAACACGGAUCGAUUUGGAUUGAGCAAGUUGAAGAACGAAGGGGUCGGACGCAUAUGCUGUGGACGAUGUGCGAACGAACUGGUGGACGGCUUGGACGACGCGGGUACGAAAUGGUUUGCUCUUCCGUCUGAAGAUUGGGAGGAGUUUGUCGAGUAUUGGGUCUGUCAUGAAGACAUGAAACUCAAAUCAGGUGACGAUGGGAGUGGCGGGAAUGGAUUGAGGAAACCCAGAAGAAAUGAAGGCUUCCUUGGCGAUUGGUUUUUGGAGCUCGACCUCAAUUGGAUUGAUGCGAUUGUUUCUGAUAAGAACAAGUCUAAAACGGUAGGAUGGAGGAGACAAUCGAGAGCUGAUAACUGCCGUGUUUCUGCCGGCUCCUUAUGGUCCUGGCCUGAAUCCCUUCUCAUCUCACCCCCAAAGCGUGAAAACGCAGCCCAUCAGUCUCGAAAAAGGCACUAUGUAGAGUGCAAUCAGUGCUGUUUCACAUUGGGAGAAGUUGAAGAAAGCUACGCCAAAGAAACAAUUGAAAGUCAAGAAGCCACCUCUCCAGCCAACAACCACGAUGAAAAUUCCAACCGUUGCCCAUCCGGAUCGAAGAGAAGAUGGAUCAAGCUCUAUAAACGUGCAAUCAGAUUGACGAACGAUUGUGAUUCAAAGUACGAUAAAGACAAUCAUCGCGGAUUUGAAGUUUCCUUGAUCCAGGAUGAAAUCUCAAAAUUGAUUGAAUCCAAUGGAUUUUACAAGGUUUUGAUCAAGAACUUGGCUGAUACGAGAGCGAUCGGUCUGUGGAUCUUUUGUCCUACAGUGUGGAUCCGUUGUCGACCUAUGACUAUCCAAAACUCUCAACAGAAACUAAAACGGUCUAAACUCAUGUAUGUUUUAUUCAAUGGGGACACCUCGUCGGACAAUCAAAAGAAGCUGGAACAGUUUGAAAAUGGUACACCGAUGCAAUCUGUAUCAAGUUGCAAAAGUGCUCCUCAAGGCUCAGAUCGAAGGAUAGGAGAAAUGAGUCUACCGGAAGAUCACUUUGAUCUGUUACUCAAGAAGCUGGCGCAGGGCUCCAUAUAUCAGAUUGGACGAUCCAUGUUUACACCGAGAAGCCUCGGCCAGCCCGUUCUCUGUUCUAAUCAAGAUCCUCCUGUAGCUGGUGAUGACGAGGAACUUUUUCAAGGAAUUUAUCAAAUCGCUUAUCUCUAAUCUAUCUCUUUUCUCUUUCCUGUUUGUUGAGAGCAAACGGAACUCUUUCCAGUCACAUGCUCGCAUCCAAGAACCACUGAUUGCGUUUGAGGUCGAAUACACAUGCCCUGUCCAUGUCUUGCAGUUUGUGUUGUUUGGAGCAGGGCAUAUACAGAAAAAGAGUAACAGUAUC